UCUCGCAAAAUCUCCUUGUAGCACUGCGCAUCCUAAGUAAAAAGCUUGGGCUACCAUAUCCAUUCUAAUGGUUUACAAUUUACAGUGUAGUUGGACAAAAAAAACAGGGCGUUUCUGCAAUUAAACCAAAAGACUUGUGGAACAAUUUACAAUUAGAAAAAAACAAGGGGCGAUCUGUCCAAAUCGGUGAAGACAAUUUUCUAAAUCGGACCGAACCGGAGAGGUUUCCGUGCGGUUUUGGAAAGCAUAGAAAAGCUGUUCAAUGUUGAAACACAAACUCAAAAAAAAAAAAAAAAUUUCUCAUAGGAGAGGGAGGGCUGGAACCUUUGAAUCAUAGCUCUCUCCCUCUCCAAAUUAAUCCCAAUUCCAAAAAACCCUAAAAAAAAUUAUGAUUCUUUCAAAUUAUAUGCAUUUAUUUUCUUCAAUUUCGAUUAAAAUUGCAAUUCUUUUUUGUAAAAGAACAAAAUUUUGAGUGGUUUUAACAAUCAUAUGCUCCUUCCCCAACAAUUUGUUGAUCUUUUGAUGCGACGAUUGCUUGCCCGAAAACGGGUCGAAUCGAAAUCAAAAUCCACCACCAACCCACUUAAAAUGGACCCAAUUAAGCUCCAAAUCCGAACCAACACCCGAUCCACCGCUCUUUUUUACCGAAACCCUCGUCAAACCAAGCCAACCCAAUGUUUCGUCGCAAUUUCAAUUGCCAUAUCUCUCGCUUUAUUAGUUUUUAUUUGCAUUUUCCGUUUCUCCUCUAAAGAUUCCAUAAAGUACGCAAUCAUAAUCGAUGGCGGAAGCACAGGGACGAGGAUUCACGUGCUUGGGUACAGAGUUGAUGGAACCAAAAACCCGGUUUUCGAUUUUAAAGAAGGGUUGGAGAGCUUGAGGGUGAAUCCGGGAUUGUCGGCGUACUUGGAGGAUCCGGAAGGAGCUGCGGAUUCGUUGAGAGAGCUUUUGGAGUUUGGGAGAAGGAAAGUUCCGAGAAAACUUUGGGCAGAGACGGAGAUUAGGUUAAUGGCGACGGCGGGGUUGAGGUUGUUGGAUGUUGAUGUGCAGGAGAGGAUUUUGGAGGAGUGCAGGAAGGUGCUUAGGGUUUCUGGGUUUAAGUUUCAUGACGACUGGGCUUCCGUUAUUACAGGCUCUGAUGAAGGUGUGUAUGCUUGGAUUGUUGCAAACUAUGCACUUGGAACUCUUGGAGGUAAUCCUCUGCAUACAACUGGAAUUAUUGAACUUGGUGGGGCAUCUGCUCAGGUAACCUUUUUCUCAAGUGAGCCUAUGCCUUCUGAGUUUUCACACUCCGUCAAGUUUGGAAAUUUCACUUACAGCCUCUAUAGCCACAGCUUUCUUCAUUUGGGCCAGAAUGUUGCACAUGAAUUAUUGAGGGAAUCACUUAUUGAGGGAGAUUUCAGUCCAACUGAGUCUCUUCAUAAGGAAAUGUAUAUAGAUCCUUGUACACUGAAAGGGUACAUGCCUGGGUCAUUGAAGCUUUCGCUAGAUUCUAUGGCUGAAAAAAAUAAAUAUAUUCCUGAACUUCAAGCUAGGGGUAACUUCUCAGCGUGCAGAUCUGCUGCACUAAUGCUCUUACAAAAAGGAAAAGAGAAAUGUUCCUACGAUCACUGUUAUUUGGGGUCAGUGUUCAUGCCCAAGCUUCGAGGGAAAUUUUUGGCAACUGAAAAUUUCUUCUAUACCUCAAAGUUCUUUAGGUUGCGCCAAAGGGCCUUUCUUUCUGAUCUAAUGAUGGCGGGGCAACAUUUCUGUGGAGAGGAUUGGUCAAAAUUGAAGAAGAAACACCAAUCACUUGAUGAGGAAGAUCUGUUGCGCUAUUGUUUUUCUUCAGCAUAUAUUGUGGCCUUACUUCAUGAUAGCCUUGAAAUUGCUUUGGAUGAUGAAAGGAUCAGCUUCGCUAAUCAGGUGGAAAAUAUGCCCCUGGAUUGGGCCUUGGGAGCUUUCAUAUUGCAAAGCACAUCCAACUAGGAUGUGAAGCAACCUGCCUGGAUAACCACCAUUAUCAGCAAUGAUUCACCCACAUUACUUUCCAUUAUUGCCAUUUCUGCAAUACUAACGUUCAUAGCUUGGUCUAUAUCAAAAUGGAGGAAACUCCAGUUGAAGACAGUGUAUGAUCUACAGAAAGGACGAUAUAUAGUUACUCGUAUCAGUAGAAGUUGAUAUAGCAUUGUACAGUCGAGAUCGAAUGCCAUCCUAAUUAUUUUGCAGUAAAGGAGGAGAGUGAAAUGACUCAUGGUAUUAUUUUCAUGCUUCCUUGGUUUACUGCACCUUAAGGCCACCAUGGCGAUGUAAGAUUGUAUGUCAUUGAGUUUCAACAUAGGAUUUAGUUGUAACUUUUUUCGUGUGGAACUAGGAUAGAAAAUCAGAUUCCCAAUUUGUGUCUACCAGGAACUAAAAUCCAUAGCUCAUUAUACCACUUUUUCUUUUCAUCAUUUUACUUGCACUAGAGGAUUAGAUAAGGAGUGUCAUGGAUUAGUUGUGACAGGGUAUUUUCAGAUCUGUAUCACUGCUUCCUCAAUUGUUGUCUAAAGUGUUUUGCUAUGAAAAUACGUUCAUGUCUCAAAUGUUGUUCUUUAUGCAUUUCCAACCGUAGAAAAUGCUGUCUGGUUAAUAUCGAACUGGAAAGUUGCUGUCUGGUUAAUAUCGAAGCGAUUAGUUUUGAUGUUUAAAAAAAAUUUUGACAAAUGGGCUCUAGUUGGACUCGUGGGGCUACUGUGAUUGAAUUUUUUUUUUUUUUAAAUUAUAGUGAUCAAAUUAUAGGA